GAUUCUCAAUUUAUGAUGAACUCUCAUAAGUCUAACAAGGUCCAGAAGCGCCAAAAAAUUGUACCUAAAGAAGACGACAUUUCCAAAUUAAUAGGAAUGUAUCAAAUGAAUGCCAAAAAGAGGAAAGUGGAGACUGUGGUCGAUGUUAAAGAAACUCGUCGAAAGCUCUUAGAAGUCUUGGGAAAUGAAAUGGAUGCCAGCGUGGAAGGACUUCUUACUCGCGGCGCAAUGAAACCUGACGACAGGCCACUUUGGUUUGACAUUUAUCGAGCCUUCCCUCCGACCGUGGAGCCCAAGUCCGCCCGCCCGAAACCUGAGAUCAAGCCAAUCCGACAGAUCUUUUACCCAGAAGAUGUUGUUAGAGCGAAAUUUCAUUCACAAGGACAUGGAUAUGGCGCAGUCAACAUGCUCAGUUCGACAGGUGAAACUCAAACGAGGAAACUAGUGAAACACUAUGAAAAACUAAAAGCAGAAGGAGUUCCCGAAAACGAACUUGUACAACGAUCGGUAGAGGCUGUCGGCGUUGAAAGACAACAGCAGCAGGAUGUCCCGAAACUCACAGCUAGAAAUCCAGAUUCCGUAACUGCAAAUGUUCUCAAAGAUGCUGACUUGAAGAAUAUUUUCACAGAAGAAAAGAAAUGAAAAAGUAACUAAUUAGUUGUAGGUGGCUUUUCUUGUUGAUUUCUGUCUAGUACUAAUUUAUUUAAUAAAACGCG